UUCUGCCACAGUUUCUUGCAAUACGUAGCCGCGCGCGGUUGUGUCUACCGAAAGCAGUUUUCACAGUUUCCGCGACGAAAAUACUGGCCGCGUUCUCUGAACAAAUUUCAUCGUUCUUUUAACUUGAAUUAUUUUAUUUGAAUUUGAAUAUUGAGCUGUUUUUUUUCUCAGUGAGUGUUAUAAUUAAAUAAAUGAAGAUCAAUUAAAAUAAUAUAGGUCGUGUUAUAGUCAAGGUGGUGUGGUAUUUUGGUACUCGGGCGUAACGCCAAAUAGUGUUGAUUAUGAUACUGUGACGAUGACGAUGUAAUUGGUAAACAUCGAUAAAAAAAGUUGAAAACUAAAAUACAUUUUCAACGAGUAAUGUGUGAAAUAUUAAUUAGUUUCCAUAAUGGUUUCUUAACACAAUGGGUUUAUAGAAGCCUAAUCAUUUUUUGAUGACUGCUUGUGAAUUGUUUCUUUUUGAGUGACGAAAACUAUUAUUUACAUAUAUAAGUGUUGGAAAUGUGUUUGCUAUGAACGUGCCUACUAUUAAAACGGAUUCGGAGGUUGGUCUCCAAUCUCAGAGCACUUCUCGCCUCCAGCCAAGGCGAAAUGCUGGACCUCCGAAGAAGUCUUUAGCUUCGAAGUUAUGGGAUUUACUGCAGCCCUUAGCUAGGCUAUGGGGGGUUAUUACGGCAGUCGUUAUGAGCGGCGCCGGAACAGAGCUUCUGGUCCUGGGGUACGAAAUAGCACCGGGAUUGCUGGUGGGAGCUGCUCUCGUCCUGAUCUUGGAGACGAUGUGGGUAGCCGCGUUAUUCGUGGACUUGCUGUGUCGCCGCGGGGAGUACACGCUGUCACUCCGCUGUUGGGACUUCAUGCGGUGGUCGUGCGGACGUGCGCGUGCGCCGUUCUACGCAUGUGCGGCGACUGCGCUGCUGUUUGCUCAUCUGACGCUGCUGGCUACAAUUGCAGGUGGCAUGUUGCUAGUCCUGGCGGCGCUAAGGGCUGCUGUGCCAUUCUCGCCGUACGCCACGCACGGUCCGCACUCCCCGCGCGCCGGCAGCUCCCUGCUAAGUCAGCACGACUCGCCGCUUCCAGACGUGUUCUACAACGCCGGCCACAACGAAGAGGAGGACAGAUCGGAAGAGAUGACAGUUCUGGACAUCAAGACCACAGAGAGAUCGCGGUCAGUGACACCAAAGCCGCCACUUUUGAACUUUGAUUCGUAAAAUAUUUUUGUAUUAGAUAGAUUACUUUAGCCAAUGAAGAAUCGUGUAUGGCAAUAGCGAAUGUAUGGACAACUUUUACCUAUCAAAUAAAUUGUUCGUCCACUAUCCAAGACAGAGUGUAUCGAUGCAAAUUAAAAAUUCAAAGGUUUGUCAAAGGACCGGAAAAUGUAAAAGUGUAUCUAAAGUCGGAAUCCCGUGCUAUCGGGACGAAACAAGGUGUCAUUUUCAAGUAGGAUUCCGAUCGCGCUCCAUUUUUUUCAUUUGACGUUCAAUUUUUUAAAAUGUGCACGGCGUGUUUUCUUUUUAGAAAAAGAAUUUAUUAUUCCAGCCAGCUAGCUGUAGAAUACACCUAGCCUUUUUACACAGUAAAGUGUACAGUACAGUUUUUACUUUUUUUUCUGGUUCAUGGAGUUUUCAUACAUAUUUCAGUUUAAAGAGCUCAGAUUACCAGAAUUCCAUUAACUAAUUUUACACCCAUUUUGUAAUUUGCAUCUAUUAUACGAAAAUGUGUCAAAUUUCACCUUCUCUCUCAAAGUGACACAAUUUUAUUGCGUUCUUUGAAAUUUUCCGCUAGCGUUCAUCGUUUCAAGUUUCAUUUACAAAGGGGCUUUGUAAAAAUAUAAUGUAACAGAAAGUCCUUAAAAUUUAAUUCAUUUUUAUUCGUGUCUACAAUAGUCAAAGUUGUUAUUGUUCUGUAUGGUGGUAAAUGUAGGUUUAAACUAGAAAACUACAUCUAAGUUUUAUUACUUUUAUAAUGUUUAUACGUACGAAGAAACUGUGAUAGUAUAGAUUGUAGUUAUGUGCGGAGUUCUGUGGAGCUAUAUUAUAAUUAAAUUAUAUUACAA